AUGGCCCAAGCAAUACAAGGCCCUCUCGAUGAGACCGUUUUCAGCGACCCCGGCUGGGCCGUCCGUAAUGGCUGGGGCUGCCUGCACAUCAACUCCAUCCUGCAUUACUUCGGCUCCUCGCCUUUCAUGGAUCCCACCUCCAACAAUCGCGUCCUCAUGGUGCAGGCGCAGAGCAACCAGGACACCUGGAACAGAAUCAUCGACUACCAGCGCUUCGAAGCCACGCUCCGGGGCAUGCAAGGCAUCGAGUACGUCGUCACCGGCACGCCGCAGCAGCUCAACGCCCAAGGCGAAGACACCGGCAUCUGGGUGAUACGCAAGCAGAACCGGCGGAAGCGGCCCGGCGCGCAGGACGAAGUCACAACACUAGGGACCUACUACAUCGUCGGCGAAAACAUCUACCAAGCGCCCUCCGUCGGCGACGUCCUCAACCACCGCCUCCUAACCUCCACAACCGCCUUCUCCAAAUUCGUCAGCCUCGCCUCCUCCCUCCCGCUCUUCACCCCCGCGACCGGCCACACCUACCUCCCCGCCACCUACAAACCCGCCACCAAAACCAUUGACCCCGCCCGGAGCCGCGCCACAACUCCCGGCCUCGAGCCCCCGCCCUCCUCCCAAGCCAGCAUCUCGCAGCCCGUCGCAGGCAAACCGACACCCAAAAUCACCGCCACCGACGCCCGCACCCUCUUCGACAGCCUCGCUCUCUCCCUGCGCUACGGCCACGAAUUCAUGGACGAGAACCCGCUCAAGGGCGAGCCGGGCUCCUUCCACUUCUCCGCCACGAGCCAGGCCGUGUACGAGCAGCGGCUGCAGCGGGAGAGAGCUGCGCAGGCGGCGGCAGCGGCGGCUGCUGCUGCUGCAGCACAGUCUGCGCCGUCUACGCAGGGGAGCCAGCCGGGGAGUCAGGUUCAGAGCGCCGUGGGGACGCCGAUGCGGGAUGAGGGGAGGGAUAAGCCGAGUCCGGGGCGGAAGGGGAGUGAGGGGAAGCCGAAGGCAAAGAGGAGGAAAAGCAAGGCGCCGACGAGUCCGAGUACGCCGAUUGCUGCGUAG